AUGGAGGAAUUACUGCAUAUGCAUAGACUGCGUCUGUUGAAUGCAGAGCAUACAAGUACCCGUGAAAGUCCUGCAAAACUUUUCAAAUCUCGAAUUCUCAAAAAGCAUCUGAUGUCCACGACUUCUAAUGUACAUUAUUACAAAGGGAAAGACUAUAGACCUUCUGUUGGAAUUAUACUACAAAAAAUGGGAAAUCGAGUGGUGAAGAUAUUAGACAUCAAAGAUCACUCAGUUCAUAACAGACACCUGGACAAAGUGACAAUAAAUGAAGUAGGUCGUUCCAAUUAUAAUUUUAAUGAUUCCGCUACUAAUCCUGAUUUUGUAGAUAAUUCAGAAAUAAGUCCAGAUAAUACUGAUGAAAAUAAUAUCACAGAAUCAGUUAGAAGGUCGCAGCUACUUGCAAGCAAACCGAGACAUCGUUAUAAAUACGCAAGGAGAUAUUCGACGUGUGGCGGAUGUGGUGAUUGAC